AUUGAAGGAAAAGACACCAGUCUAUUAACCUACCAUGUCGGUACACAUAUAAACUUGGCGUUCAAAACAAGAAAAAAACGUCUAUUUUAUGGCAGCUGGAAAACUAAGAAAUUUACAAAAGAAUGCAGAAAAACUUCAAGAAGAGAAGGAAAAAUAUGAAGAUUUAUUUGUAUUUGGAUAUCAGUGUAAAAUGUUUCGAGACGACGAGAAAGCACAAAUGAUAGAAGCCGGACAUUUUCUAGUUCCUUGGAACGGGGAUGAAACACUCUUAAUAGAUAGGCACGAUGGAAGAGGAUAUUUAAUGGAUUUAUGCGAUUAUGACGCUGAUAAGAUUACUAAGGACUUAACCUUAACGCAGGAAGAACGAAACAUUGAGGAGCAAUGCGAACGGGAAAGAUUUCUAGAACUGCACGUUGACGUCAAUGAGCAAGAAAUUCAGGAAGAGGAAAAGCAAAAACGUCUAAAUGACGAAGGCCAAACAUAUGCUGCUGUUGGUUUUACUUAUAAAAGUCCAGAUCAGAUAAAAGAAAAUGAUGAUGAAGCUAAAGCUGCUGAAGAGGAGGACGAAGAUUUUGUUCCCGCCCCACAAAUGGAUUUUCCCUCAACAACAACUCUUCCUCGAAAAUUAAAAGAACAUAUCAUUAUUGAAAAAACUGCCCAAUUUGUGGCAGAACACGGCCCCCAAAUGGAAAUAAUGAUAAGAACCAAACAAAAGAAUAAACCUGAAUUUGAAUUUCUUGAAUCAGCAAAUGCUUUAUUUCCUUAUUAUCAAAUUUUAAUUAGAACCAUGAAGUCUGGUCGUUAUUUCCCACCAAUUAAAAAGGCAAAAAAGCAAAGUGACGGUGAAGAAUCGAACGAUGACGAUGACGACGACUGCUACCUGCAUCCUUCUCUCGCUCCAAAGACGAAACCGAAAGUGGAAGAUAAUAUCCUAUCAGUGAUAAGAAAGAACUUACCUGCCCUAAAUAUAAACGAUACACCAUACGCGAAGCUACUGAAUUCGUUGGGUAAAAACCUGGAGAAAAGAGACGACCAAAUAGAAAAUUAUGAAGAACAAAAGUCGUCCGAAGCAGUUCGUUCACAAAAUAAUUCACCGAAUCCAAUUACUGGACCAAACCCUCAACGUGAGACAACUGACUUGAAAUUACCUCCACCAAAUGUCCAAGUGGUUAUAGAUAAAAUGGCUGAAUAUGUUGCAAAGAAUGGUCCACAUUUUGAAAUAAAUGUUCGCCGAAAAAAAGAGGAAAAAUUUAGUUUCUUGACAACCAAUCAUCCUCACCACUCGUAUUUUAUUUUCAAAAGAGAAUGGCAUUUAACGCAACAGGGCAAAGAUCCCAAAGGUUACGAAGCGCAGUUAAACGCUAUCGAAACCGAAGCACCGCCUACUGUUUACACUCCGCCGCAAGCUGUUAGUUUUUCAAUUAAGAAAACUGAGGAGGAUAAACAACCCGUGCCACCUCCACCACCUCCUCCUCCGCCGCCACCUCCAGUAACUAUCGAUCCGGAAGUAGCCAAGAGAAACGCACAUUUGCAAUUGGCGAGAGAGAAGGUUGCGGCUAAAUUAAUGCAGGUAGCAAGAGAAAAGGUAAAAGAAAAACGAGUUGCUGAAAAAAAUAAAGAAAAACUAGUACAAGCCGAAAGAAAGAAGAAAGCAGCAUUGUUUGCAACAAUGGUCAAAUCGGGAGCAUUACAGGUUACAAAAGAUGACGAUGAUAAACCAAUAGAAGGUAUUGGUUCGCCGUCUUCGUCCAUAGUGAAACGGAAAUCUAGUCCGUUAUUGGAACUCGACCAAUGCAGCGACGACAAAAAAUACAAAAGAUCAAGUUAUAGCAGGCAAAGGCAUACAAAACGCCCAAGUUCGCGGUCGCCCGACUUCGUCUCGAAAGUUCGUGCGCUUACCCGAACAACGCCAAGGUCAGAACUAUCAGAUUCAUCCUCCUCACUAUCUGACUCUUAA